GGGGCGCGCGUCCCGCUCCCUCCGCGGCUCAUGGCGACGCCGCUCGGCACAUCCGGGACCCUCCGGCCGCGGCGGCCGCGGCGCCGGCUGCUCGGGCCGCAGCCCCGGCCGCUGUGGUGACUCCGCCGCGCGUCGCCGUCGCCCCCGCCCGCCCGCAGCGCCGGCCCCGGGCCCCGCGCCGGCCGCCCCGCCGCCGGGGACAUGUCUAACCCCGGGGGCCGGAGGAACGGGCCGGUCAAGCUGCGCCUGACAGUACUCUGUGCAAAAAACUUGGUGAAAAAGGAUUUUUUCCGACUUCCUGAUCCGUUUGCUAAGGUGGUGGUUGAUGGAUCUGGACAAUGCCAUUCUACAGAUACUGUGAAGAAUACACUUGAUCCAAAGUGGAAUCAGCAUUAUGACCUGUACAUUGGAAAGUCUGAUUCAGUUACGAUCAGUGUAUGGAAUCACAAGAAGAUCCAUAAAAAACAAGGUGCUGGAUUUCUUGGUUGUGUUCGUCUUCUUUCCAAUGCCAUCAAUCGCCUAAAAGAUACUGGUUAUCAGAGGUUGGAUCUGUGCAAACUUGGGCCAAAUGACAAUGAUACAGUCAGAGGGCAGAUAGUAGUAAGUCUUCAGUCCAGAGACCGAAUAGGCACAGGAGGACAAGUUGUGGACUGCAGUCGUUUGUUUGAUAAUGAUUUACCAGAUGGCUGGGAAGAAAGGCGAACUGCUUCUGGAAGAAUUCAGUAUCUAAACCACAUAACAAGAACUACACAGUGGGAACGUCCAACACGACCGGCAUCUGAAUACUCUAGUCCUGGCAGACCUCUUAGCUGCUUUGUUGAUGAGAACACUCCAAUUAGUGGAACAAAUGGUGCAACAUGUGGACAGUCUUCAGAUCCCAGGCUGGCAGAGAGGAGAGUCAGGUCACAACGACAUAGAAAUUACAUGAGCAGGACACAUUUACAUACUCCUCCAGACCUACCAGAAGGCUAUGAACAGAGGACAACACAGCAAGGUCAGGUAUAUUUCUUACAUACUCAGACUGGUGUGAGCACAUGGCAUGACCCAAGAGUGCCUAGGGAUCUUAGCAACAUCAAUUGUGAAGAGCUUGGUCCACUGCCUCCUGGAUGGGAGAUCCGUAAUACAGCCACAGGCAGAGUUUAUUUCGUUGACCAUAACAACAGAACAACACAGUUUACAGAUCCUCGACUCUCUGCUAACUUGCAUUUAGUUUUAAAUCGGCAGAACCAGUUAAAAGACCAACAGCAACAGCAAGUGGUAUCCCUAUGUCCUGAUGACCCUGAGUGUCUCACAGUCCCACGGUAUAAGCGAGACUUGGUUCAGAAACUAAAAAUUUUGCGCCAAGAACUUUCCCAGCAACAGCCUCAGGCUGGCCAUUGCCGCAUUGAAGUCUCCAGGGAAGAGAUUUUUGAGGAAUCUUAUCGACAGGUCAUGAAAAUGAGACCAAAAGAUCUCUGGAAGCGAUUAAUGAUAAAAUUCCGUGGUGAAGAAGGCCUUGACUAUGGAGGAGUUGCCAGGGAGUGGUUAUAUCUUCUGUCACAUGAAAUGCUGAAUCCAUACUAUGGCCUCUUCCAGUAUUCCAGAGAUGAUAUCUAUACAUUGCAAAUCAAUCCUGAUUCUGCUGUUAAUCCGGAACAUUUAUCAUAUUUCCACUUUGUUGGACGAAUAAUGGGAAUGGCUGUGUUUCAUGGACAUUAUAUCGAUGGUGGUUUCACAUUGCCUUUUUAUAAACAGUUGCUUGGAAAGUCAAUUACUUUGGAUGACAUGGAGUUAGUUGAUCCAGAUCUUCAUAACAGUUUAGUGUGGAUACUUGAGAAUGAUAUUACAGGUGUUUUGGACCAUACUUUUUGUGUAGAACAUAAUGCAUAUGGUGAAAUUAUUCAGCAUGAACUUAAACCAAAUGGCAAGAGUAUCCCUGUUACUGAAGAAAAUAAAAAAGAAUAUGUAAGGCUGUAUGUGAACUGGAGAUUUUUACGAGGCAUUGAGGCACAAUUUCUGGCUCUGCAGAAAGGAUUUAAUGAAGUAAUUCCACAGCAUCUGCUGAAGACAUUCGAUGAGAAGGAGUUAGAGCUUAUUAUUUGUGGACUUGGGAAGAUAGAUGUUAAUGACUGGAAGGUAAACACCCGGUUAAAACACUGUACACCAGACAGCAACGUUGUCAAGUGGUUCUGGAAAGCUGUGGAAUUUUUUGAUGAAGAGCGACGAGCUCGGUUACUUCAGUUUGUGACAGGAUCAUCUAGAGUGCCUCUGCAGGGCUUCAAAGCUUUACAAGGCGCCGCAGGCCCACGACUCUUCACCAUACACCAGAUUGAUGCCUGCACGAACCACCUGCCAAAAGCCCACACCUGCUUCAAUCGAAUAGACAUUCCGCCCUAUGAAAGCUAUGAAAAGUUAUAUGAAAAGCUGCUAACAGCCAUCGAAGAAACAUGUGGAUUUGCUGUGGAAUGAGGAACUUCGAGGACUCGCCCAGGACUCUAUUUAUACCCCUGACCGACAGCCUCUUUUCAGCAGUUUCAAGGAAUGCUGAAACACAGGAAAAUGCCCCCCCUCCCCCCUUAAAAGUUUUAGGACACUGUGAGGGGAAAGGACGAUUUUGAAAUUCCUUUUCAAGGAAAAAAGAGGUCUUUAUGCUUUGCCAUGAGGCCAUAUUCAGCUGCUAUUUAAAAUUAAUAUCUUGAACCUAAAGAAUGCUGACUUUUCCUACAUUUCCAGAGUUAGGCAGUAUUCUACACUUAAAGACUACUACUAUUUUUAUAAAAGGUAAUCUAUUCAAAUCACUUCACAGAUUUCAAGUCUCUCAAACAUCAGGACAACUUCAGCAGUCGGUACAAGACACAUUUUAUUUUGAUUGAAUACAUGAUUCUGAAUAGCUCCUGUACUUGCUCUUUGUAAAAAAAUAAAAUAAAAUUAUUUUGAAUUAUUCUACAUUUGUAAACAAUUGGCUAAAAGCAUCAUCUUUAAAAAAUUACAUGUUUAGUUACAUUUUUCUAUAGCAAAGCAUUAUAUUUUAAAAACACGUUUCAGCCUAAUCUAAGUGAGUCUUUGUUAUAUUUUUUAAGCACAAAUUUCCUGGAAUAAAGUUCGAUAAUUUUGGUUGUCAGAUUCCUAAUGCAACCAUCUAGUAUAAACUUAGCAGCUUAAUUGCUUCAAUAAGAUAUAUUCAGGGGCUCCCUGUUUUUAAGAGACUUUUAAAAAUUCUUAUUUUUUAUCUUCAAUCAAUAUCAGGUAUUACACAUUUACUUUUCAUCUUAAAUGGAAAUACUGCAUUUUUAUAGCUCUUCAGAUAAUGUGGAUGGGAUUUUCAUUCUUUUGCUAAGUCAGCUUAUCUCAUAUAUAUAUGUAUACAUAUACACACACACACAUAUAUUUUUCUGUAAACCAAAGUCUCUUAUGACAAGUGCACCUAAUUUAUAUUAUAUUUUAAUUAUGAUGUAAGUUUCUAUCAAAUAAACCAUCCUAAUCUCCGUUUAGCUGCUAUUUUAAUCAGCUAAAAUUAUGAAAAAGGAAAAAUUUUGCUAUAAAGAUUACUUAGUAAGCUUAGAAAAUCCUGCUUUUAUCUGAAAAAUGAAAUGGGGGUGAUGGGCAAGGGGUGUGAUUGCUAAAAGGAAAAAAACAGUGCUUCUAACUUAGUAGUAUAAAUUGCCUAAAAGAACUGAAGAGUUAAAUUUGAAAGUAUAAGGGAAUCCUAGUUUACUUGUUAUUAAAGGUCAGCAUCUGAUUUUGAAAUGUCCAGAUUUAGUUUUCAACAUGGGUGGCAUGUUGCAUGGUCCAGAAGUCAACCAAAAUUUUGGAGGGAGGGACUGGAAGAAUCUGAAAUCAUGGGUGGAUUGUAAAAAAAAAAUUAACCAUAGAAAUAUGCACUAUUUUCUUUUACAUUGAUGUGAAAUCAAGAAUAGCAAAUUAUGAUGAGAUAGCUAUGUUUAAAUUUUGCAGCUUAAUGAAUCAAGUGAAUAGGCCCUUUGUGUUCUUUCAUUUGAUGGAUUAGUUUUCAGUUUGUGUUCUGGGAGCCACACUGUUCCUCAGAGGUGCCUCAGACGUAAUGGGUUAAGAGGGGGAAAGGCCUAGUUGAUGUUUGAGGGGGUCCCUACCCCUAAUCCCCUUUACUCAGAGCAGCUCCAAUUUUUCUUUGAUGUGUUGGAAAUCCAAGUAACUCUUAACGGGAA